GAUGUGGGUCGGCCCAUAAAAAAGGUUUUAUAAACCUACCAAUUCCCCCUCAUUCCUCCUUGUUGCUGCGCGGCUAGUGUUAAACCUAGGGUUGAGCAUUUUUCUGUGUUUUCCGGCCAUUUUCUCACAAUGGUUCUUCAGAACGAUAUCGAUUUGCUGAACCCUCCAGCUGAGUUGGAGAAGAGAAAGCACAAGCUCAAGCGUCUUGUUCAGUCACCAAAUUCCUUUUUCAUGGAUGUCAAGUGCCAGGGCUGUUUCAACAUAACAACUGUGUUUAGCCACUCCCAGACAGUUGUGGUAUGCGGUAACUGUCAGACUGUGUUGUGCCAACCAACAGGUGGACGUGCAAGGUUAACUGAAGGUUGCUCAUUUAGGAAGAAGGGAGACUAAAUGGUGUGUUAACCAAACUUUUUUUGUGUACGAUUGGAGUGUUGUUGAAUUUCGAUUUAGGAUUUUGAGAUGGAAUCAAGUUUUAGUGAUGGUAUAUUAAAUUUUCUUAAAUUGUAAGACGAUAUCCCUGCUUCCACAGGUUAUUCUAGUGACACCAAAUAUUGAAUUUUACUUUGUUGAAGCGGUCGGUUGUGGUUUGUUUGAUAUUUUUUUAUGUUCUCUAUUCAAGUGGUAAUGGCUUAGUUUGGUGGUU